CAUUCACUUCCUCCCCUUACGCUGUCGUUUUAUAAUAAACACCUCCCGCAUCCCUAGGUCUUCCUCGUUUCACAAAUUCUCUUUACUGUAUUUUAAACAUAUUACAUUUAUACCCCUCGCCGUAGUUCCUAAGGAAGAAUUUGCCGUUUCUGUGAUUAUUGUUUAAAGUAAAAGAGGUUUCAGUUCCAGUUGCAAUUGGCUUCCUCUUUUUCUCUCCCCUAAAUUCUCUAUCUAAUUUCUCCGCCGACGAGGAUAAUAUAGAAAAGGAUGAAAAACUGUGAGCUUUGUAAGGGAUUGGCUAGGAUGUACUGUGAAUCGGACAACGCGAGUUUGUGUUGGGACUGUGAUGCGAAGGUUCACUCGGCUAACUUUUUAGCGGCGAGACAUUCUAGGUCUUUGCUCUGCCACGUGUGUCAAUCGCCGACGGCUUGGUCGGCGGACGGACCGAAGCUUGGACCGACGGUCUCUGUAUGUGAGAGGUGUGUGGAUGGAUACUACCAGAGAGACGAGGUAGAGGAGAGUGAAAGCGUGAACGAUGAAGGAAGUGCCACGGAGGAUGAAGAAAUUGAUGAUGAAGAGGAUGAAGAUGAGGAGGAAAUUGACGAUGAAGAGGAGAUUGAUUCGAAGGAUAUUGAUCAAGUUGUGCCGUGGUCAUCUACGCCGCCUCCACCGCCGGAUAGUUCGUCCAGCAGCGAAGAUUCAUCUGAAGGCCGUCGGAAUGUUUCGUUGAAGCGAAUGCGUGAAAAUGAUGCGGAUCUUCAUUCAGAUGGCGAUAGCGGAAGUUCAUUAUGUAACCGGAAAAUCCACACAACGCCGUCGGCGGCAGUACACGGCGGUGACGAUGUAGCAGCUUUUGUUGUUUCAACGAAAAUGAGAACGUCGGCUAAGAUACAGAGAACGGAAGCGAGCCGAACGGAUCGGCUGGCGACGCCUGGAUGCACGGCGGUAAUGGAGUAUAUCAGGAGAAAUAAUAGUCAGAGGAUAAGCUCCAGUACGGCGAUCGCCGAGCUCUGUAGACUCAGUGAUGACUCAAGGACCGUUGAUCUGGAAAUCUCGGAGACCUCGUAGCCGUCGGAUUGACCAUACGUUUCAGUUACAUUACGUCAUUUCUACUUUUGUUACUAACCCUUUAUCCAAAUCUUGUAGUCGGUGGAUUUCAUAGCUCAGAUAAGAGUUGAUUUGUUCUAAGUAAUAAUCUUCUUAGAGUUAGGACCAUUUGCUAGUAGUAUAUGCUAAGUAUUUUUAUUUACUGUAUGUAAUUUAUUUAGGAUAAUUACAAUAUUUAGAAGAGGAAUGCAUUUAAACACUUUUGUAAGAUAUCUUGCCACAAAUGCAUUACUUCUUUUUUCCUUUUCCUUU